ACAGGUCGGUCCAGCACUGCACCUAACCAAAGCCAUUCCGUACCUCUGUAACCUCACCAUGUCGACAUAAAAAAAAUUAAAAGACCAUUCUCCACGCAAAACGACCGAGUUUUGGCUGGGCUCACACGCUCAGAAGUUGAGAACAUUGAUCCUCCCUUUCUCUCCCUGAAGCACUGCGCCCUAUACCGCGAGACCAACUGGCAUUCGUCGCCGGAGAAGAUGAAGAUCAGCAUCAAUUCGAUGGCUCGGCGAGUCGAGGUCGAUAAUCGCUAUCCUCUCCGAUUUUACUUCCGAAUCGCCGAUAAUCUCCUCAAACAGGCUAAUAUUUACCGGGAGGAGAAAAACAUCCUAGAUUUGUACGUCAUACUUCUACGAUUCUCAAGUUUGGUGUCUGAAACUAUACCAUGUCAUCGAGACUACCCGACGUAUCCUCCAAGAGAGAAAACUCUAUAUAGGAAGAAACUUUUAGAUGUACUAGAUGAACUUGAAUCUUUAAAGGCGGAAGCCCAGCGCCUAGUGAGCAAAUUUAACGAGGCUCAUGCAGUUGCUCAACUACCUCAACAUGAAAGCCUAGAAGGCGCUUCAAAUGGUUUGGCAACGUCUUCUUUAGAAUGGCCUCCCGUGAACAAUAAAUCAUUGAGCCUAAGCACUAAGCAGCCUGGUAACUUGACAUCUCAGUCGUCGUGGAAGUAUAAAAACAAUUAUUCACAGAUUUCAACAAAUACUACACAAAUUGACAAGCAGUUCCAGAAGCUAUCUUUUAAUCUACCUCUUCCGAAUAAAGAAACUUUGUCUAGACACUCAUUUUUGGGUCCAAAUGGUCUUCAGGGCCAGUGGCUAGGACCUAGUGCAAAGGUUAAGGUUCAAUAUCCAAGCAGUACUGACUUAAUCGCUAAUAAUAUUUCAGACCUGAAUCAGGUACAAGAUGGUGAUCCAGGAGGAAUUAAAUCUACAAUGGAGUCGGUGCUCUCCUUGGAUGAUGGAGCAUGGCCACGUCCUUCUCAGGAAUCAAGUCCUUCAUUGAUUAAUGAAGCAAGGGAAGAUCCUUUUGAGUUGGUCAUCCAUCAGCCUUCUCCUCCUCCUGUACUUGCUCGAGUGCAGCAGGAAUAUACUCCAAUUCCUCCAUCAAAAGUGGCAGAUCCAAGGCCAGGACCUGCAAAACCGUCUCUGGAUGGGAUGCCAAGUUCUAGUUCAUAUCAACAUUUACACGUUCCAGUAAAAUUGAUGGACGAUUUCUUGAGAUUGGCUAGGGCGAAUACAGAUAAAAACUUGGAGACAUGUGGUAUUCUUGCUGGUGCAUUGAAGAACAAGGUUUUCCAUAUCACCACGCUAAUAGUCCCAAAGCAAGAGUCGACCUCUGAUUCGUGCCAAACAUUGAAUGAGGAAGAAAUAUUUGAGGUUCAAGACAGAUUAUCUCUUUUUCAACUUGGGUGGAUUCAUACACACCCAUCACAGACCUGUUUCAUGUCAUCGGUUGAUCUGCACACUCAUUACUCAUACCAGAUUAUGUUACCAGAAGCAAUUGCAAUCGUCAUGGCUCCAACAGAUACAUCCAGUCCACACGGCAUAUUUCAUCUAUCUGACCCAGGUGGUGUAUCAGCAAUUCGUAAUUGUGAUCAGCGUGGGUUUCAUCCUCAUGAAGAGUCCUCAGAUGGAACCCCGAUUUAUGAGCAUUGUUCUCAUGUGUUUAUAAACUCCAAUUUGAGGAUUGAUGUUGUCGAUCUGCGGUGAGAUUUUGACAUUUUACCUCUUAAACAUGAAAAUUGAGAUAAACUUUGGUAAAUAUGUAAACGGAACAGUAAUUAUCUCUUCAUUAGUAAUUAUAUUGUAAAUUCAA